UGUAUAUUCGUUGUGAUGUCAUUUCCAGAGACCCGCGCAUAGUAUCUCUUAGAUUUUGAAUCACAUCACACGAUUUCUUUUUGAGAAAAAAAAAUUGCAUAUUGAAUUUUCCGGUUUAAACCGUUGUUGUAUACAAAUAGCUAUAAAUUUUUAAACAUAAUGUCUGAUCCACGUCUUCGACAGAUAAAAAUAAAAACAGGUGUGUUAAAGCGUUUGACAAAAGAAAAAACCGUUUACGAGAAAGAGAUCGAUCAGCAAAAAGCAAGAAUUGAAAAACUACGCGCCGAAGGUAAAGACGAACAUGUCAUGCGAAAAGAAGAAGAAAUCCUUGCUGAAUCAAUGAUGAUGGUUCCAGAUACUCAUAGACGCCUAGUAAAAGCAUACGAUGAACUCAAUGAAUACUUGAAAAACGAAGACGAACUUAAAGAGAAACAAGAAUUUGAACUUGCAAUGGACGUACUAAAACUGGCUAAGGAAAAAAUAGACAGCAAUUGAUCGAAAAUUCAUUAUUCCUAAUUCUAACACUAAUUAUAUACAAUACAUUUAAACUUAUACGAACAAAACAUGAAUCAUCAUAUUCAAGUGUUUAUUCCAAAUUAUCCGCCCCCUCUGCUCCCAUUUUCUACGAAAAAUUCAAAUAAGUCCAGUCCAACAACAUUUAAUUCAGCGCAUUAUAAUACCACGCAGUAUAAAACUCGCUUCACCAAUUAUUUGGAAUCUCGAAGGGAAAAAACCUUAAAACAUGUAUCGAAAACAAACACGUCGAAUACAUUAAAAUUAGGAGAAGCAUCGAAAGAGCUUGGCUUCUGUGUGCAAACAUUAAAUGAGAUCAACGAAAAAAUUGAAACUAUUUCACGUGCAACAUCUUCAAUUGAUGAAAAACAAUGGAAAGAGCAUAUUACUGAAUUAAAUUCAAAAACAGCAUAUCUAUCAAAUAUUUGUGCAAAGUACGAAAGUAAGGAUGUGCAGAAUAACAUAAAGAAUAUGAUUAGCAAGCGACUAAAAAAACGAGGCCAUAUAAGAAAACGUAAAUUAGAAACAUGCGUGUUAAAGAAAUACGAAACUUUUAAACGGAACAAGAAACACCAACAACUUAAUAAAUGGCUCGAACAAAAUGCUAAAGAAAUUCACAAAAAUCGUCAACAAAUGGAAAACAAACAACGUGCUGAACAAAUUUUAAUGGACGUUAAAAAUCGGCAAAAUGAAGCUGAAAAAUUUAUCAUACUACUAGAAUCUGUAAGAGAAUUGCAACGCAUUCGAAAUAGAGACAAACACACCAGCGCAGGUUGUAGUAGUACUGAAUUCAAUCAAGAAAUUAACCAGUUAAAAGAAAUGUGGUUAAUUGCAUCGAAAAAAUAUGAAGACGAAGAAAAAAAAUUACAUACAUUUCUCAAUGGCAGCGACAAAUGGGAGGAGUGGAGUAACGUAUUAUUUGGGGAGCCCACAUUUUCUAUACGAAAGAAAGACGAUCGUUUGAGUCAUUUGAUUGCAGUUCGCAGCCAAUGGGAUAAAUGUAUCGUGUCACAUACUAAUACAUUUGGAUCUACGAUUCCAUUUUGUUGGGCAUAUCCAAAUGCAAAUCCUCUAAAUAAAUGGAAAGAAUAUUUGAAAAGCACUUAAUAUUUGGGUAUUAUACUUUUAAUGUAUUUAAAUUUCUAAUAAACAUAAACAUUUUUCAACAA